AUGUUUCUUCUCUUGGAGUUCUUGGCGGUGACUGCUAGUCUAUUUGUGGCUCUACUACAAACAACGGGGAACCAUGGAAUCCUCACUUUGAUAAAUGGAGGUGAUUUUGGGGUGCCACAAACUGUUUCAGCAGGGCAUUAUACUCGGGAAAUUCUAUUGCUUGUAGUCUCCUCAAUCGUUGAUCUUGUUGGAAUUAUUCUCUGUCUGCAUGCAGCUGCAAAGAUAACACACAGAGCUCAACGCAUUGCCUCAGUGGCUAGCAGAUGGCAUACUUAUCUUACAUGCAAUUCAAGCACGGCUUCUCAAAUUGGAGCUACAAGUAGUGGGGAAAACUUGGAAGCUGGAGCUCCAGCAGAUAUUUUACCCAUGUACUAUUCAGAAAGUGAUUUGGAAUCAACUGAUUUUAUUCCCAUGCCACAAAUACUCAGCUGGCUUCCUUAUGUCUUCAUACCACAAGCGGCAAUCUUUUGUUACGUAUUUGCAGACAAAUCCUGGAGGGUUCACGGUUUAUGGAUGGACAAUUGA